GAAACGUGACGCAACGAGGGCAACCAAGGAAGUGAAACCAAUGCUGCUGAAGGUUUUGUUUUCGAUUAAUGAGGAGAAACUCUAAAUGUACUAGAAAACUUACCUGCUGCUGCUCUUAACCGGUAACUUUUCUUUUACAUAUUUUUCUCUUAUUUUGUUGUCUUCUGUAAACACUCAAUCUCCUUUUACUUGCUGUGUAAAUUAAGUUAAUAAUGUGUUGACAGCAGGUUGUUUGUUUUCUUAGAUAACUGUGAAAUGGGUGACUCUUCUCUGAACCCGCUGGUUUUGAUCGGUGUCGGGUCCAGCUUUGCCUUCUCCAGCCUUUUCUAUCAUUUAUACCAAGAAAAGAAGAAAGAGCUGACAAAGCUGAAGGUAAGACAAUCUUGAUUAAAUCUUAGUUAAAUAUCGAGAUAUCCGCAGCUUGUUUCUUAAAACUAUUUUCCAUUGUAGGAAAUUCCAGUUUUUAAGCCAGAUCGUCAUUUGGUUCAAGUACUGAAAUCAUCCCCCCAUAAGCGACUGCAGUAUGUUGCUGUGGAAGGUAUGUCUAGAUCUACCAGUUUCUUCUAAAAUGAAUUUUGAAUGGGUUUUUUCAGUCCUUGUCAUACCUGAUUUCCAGGUCUGGUCCAGGCUGAUGGGGAGCCUCUGGCCAGUCGGUUUGUUCCAAGAUGCUUUGGAGUGAUUCAGAAGAUAUCAGUGGAGGAGACAUGGAAAUACUGGAACUCCCUCAGCAGGACAUGGUAUACAAGUCUGCAAAACUACAACAAAAAUAACCCUUGAUCGUCUGCAAGCUUGUUAAUGUAUCUGAUAACUCUUACAGGAAUUCUCGGACCAUGAACAAAAAAGAAACCAACAACUCAGUACCCUUCAGCCUGGUCAGCCCCGGCGCCUACAUCAAUGACUUGUUCCUGAGGGUUCAAAACCCUCUGGAGGCCUCUGGGGACUAUCUGGAGAGGGUUCACCACAAAGUGAGACGUGCUGAGGAGGGCUUGGUAGAUGUUGUGGUGCAGGGACUCAGUGGGGAGAAACCUGGGGCGAUGGAGGAGAGCGAAGAGCUGCUCCGUGUAGGGAGCAUCCUGACUGGUUUUGGUGAGGUGGUUCUGGAGGGGGGUGAGGUGAUGAGGCUACAGGCCCCACAGGACGGUCGUAAGUUUAUCCUGAUUCCUACAGACCACAGAAGUUUCAUGGACAGACAUGAGAGAACAGCCAGCAUGUGGAAGACGCUGACUGCUGUGACGGGCAUUGCUGGGGCAACUAUUCUAGCCAAAAUUAUCUAUGGUAUGGUGGCAAAACAGGAUGAUAGAUCGAAGUAGACUCAAGAUAAAUGACUGAGAAAGCAGUAUCACAAAUUUUUAGGACCAAAUAUUGCCACUGGUGAUUUAUUCUACUACCUAAUGAAACAUAAUGACACUCAAAAGACAGGUUUAAAGUACAAAUUUAAGAUUUUUUUUCUAUUUCUAUUUUGUUCAAGAAAUUGAUAUGCUCUGCCCAAAGGAGGUUAUAAAGAUACUGUUGUUUUGCCUACAAAAAACUGACCUGAGAACAAUGUAAACAAUUACGGAUAAUAUUGAAGAAAUUACCAUCCUGUUAUUUCUUGAAAUUCUUUAAGUCAAAGAAACUCUAAUAAGUUCAGUCCAAAGUUCUUAUGUUUUGUUACUCAGUGGCCAUUGCAUUUCAUGCAGAGAUUUAAGAUUAAGCACUGUACAAAAAAAUGCAGUAUAAUACAAAGUUUUGUCUCUGCAUCUGAUGAUGAGAGAACCAGCUCAGUGAAUGGCUGAGUAAAGCCUUUGCAAAAAGGUGAGUUCUUGUGGAUGUAACGCUGUAAUGUUAGUACAUUCUGCUAUGAGAAGUAUGAGAUCAGUGAACCUGUUUUUCUAGUUGUCUAAGCAAAACUCAUGUUAAAGGAUACUCAGUGGAUUCAGCUCUCCAGGCACAAUAAUUGAAACAUUUUCAAGUGAUGAGGGAGAGCGGAUUUUUUUUUUUUAAGUUCAUUAAGUCUAACAUCUAAAAAAAAAAAAAAAAACGUAGAUUAUAGUGAAAAACUUGACAUAAAACUAUCAGACCUCAAAGAAACUCAACAUCCUCUGGGGGCAGCUGGGGCACUGUAGGUCCAAUCCCAGGUCCACAUGUGCAUGGCAUGUCAGUUUAUACUGAUGGGCGCUUUAUAAAGCAGCCUCUGCUGUCAGUGUGGGAAUGAGGUUUAAUCAGCUAUCUGGCUUUGCAGACUUAAAAAGGGAAGAUUGAUGAUUAACCAAACUAAAAAAUAAAACAAAAAGAGUGAUUUGACUGUGGCAGUAUGAGACAGCAGACAAAACAAUUAACAGACCUAAAGAGCGAGUGACCUCCCUCUGCAGUCAUUGUUCAUCUUUAGUCUCCCAGCUGGUUCUCUGGUUGGACCCACCCCCCUCUCUGGAUCUCCUGUUGAUAAUACACCUACUAUUGACAAGUACCUCAUAUAGCUCUACUUAAGAGGAGAAAGUAAACCCUUCUGUGACAGUGAAAGACAAAAACUGCAACUUCCAUGUAAAGGGAACCAUAUUUUUGUUUUGCAAAUAAAGUGUAUUUUUAAUCAUUUUAGCUCAAUUUGAGACACCAUGCUUUUUCAUUAUCUUUUACUUGAAAUUCUGAUUAAAAGAUUUUAUGUAAACUAGACCACAUUCAUUAUGACCAGAUAGGACAGAUGUGAAACUUUAUUAUAAUCAGAUUUAAUGUAUUACAAUUAAGCAGGUAAUUUUCUACCUGUUGGAUCACUGUGUUGAUUGUGCUGUGUUGUGAAUGAAUCAACUGCAAGAUACGAAAUAGUUUUAUCACUGUUGUGUGCAGUCUCCUCUCAAAUGUGAUGGAUUCAGCCUUGAAUUAAAUCCACUUUAAAAUGCUUUUCUGUUGAAUGACAUUUCUUGUGCUGAAGACAAAAGGAUGAUGCUAAACCAACACUUUGAAGGUUCUUUCUCCUUUAUUUAGGUGUUGACAUUCAAAGCACUCAGCCCUUAAAAUGAGGUGGCACCAUGUGAUACAAUGUGUGUCAGUCCGAACUGUUGAUGGAUGUUAGUGGCAGAAAGCUGCUGUUGGCAGAACAACAAAAAUCCCCCUUUUUAUUCCACAGAUUUGUAGUUUUAAUGAGUCCUUUUUGUCCUUCAUUAAGUGCUCCUCUUUACUCCCCUUCCUCCUCUGAAGA